AUGAAAUUCCAAAAAUCUAUCAAGCCCCUCCUCAUCCUCGCAGUUGCACCGACUGCAAUCCUCGUUGCUGACGCACUCCCAAUCGGCUCGACUAUUGAGGAGAGGCAACUCCUCGGCCUACCAAUUAACCUCCCUCUCCCUGGCCUCCUCCCAGCACUCCCGGCGCUUCCGGCGCUUCCGGCACUCCCAGCACUUCCGGCACUCCCAGCACUUCCGGCACUCCCAGCGCUUCCAGCGCUCCCCAUUCUCCCUGGCAUACUGCCACGCGACGACACUUCAAUCCUCAAAUCAAUCCUCAGCGCCCCCCUCCCGAAUCUCCUCCACCCCAUUGGCGUUCUCAAGGCAGUUCCCAGUGCAGCUCUGCUGUCGCCGCCGCCGCCGCCCGUCUCUGUUGCACGCCUCCUCAUCCUCGCAGUUGCAUCGACUGCAAUCCUCGUUGCUGACGCGCUCCCGAUUGAGUCGACUAUCGAGGAGAGGCAAAUCAUCAGCCUACCGGAGUGGCCCGCCUGGCCCGCCUGGCCUGCGUGGCCUGCGUGGCCGGCAUGGCCGGCAUUCCCGGCGUAUCCGACGCUCCCUGCACUCCCUGCACUCCCUACACUCCCUACUUCCGCCCCCAUACUGCCACGCGAUGGCACUGCAGUCAUCACCAAAUAA